AUGGCAUACGAUCUACCUUUCAAGCUCAGUCGCCCCGAUCUGUUGAUCACAGAUUCCUAUAUUGCAGGUCAAACAAAAAGCGCCCUCUCAGGUGCAACCUUUGACGUCCUCGAUCCUGGAACAAACAAGCCCUGGGCAAAAGUGACAGACAACUCGGCUGAUGACGUGGACCACAUCGUGCAAGUCGCAUACAAUGCCUUCCAAACGUUCAAGAAAACGUCCCCCAGAUCACGCGCACAGUGGCUUUUGAAAUGGGACGCCCUUAUCCGUGAGCACAAGGCGGAUUUGGCCACACUGCUUGUCUACGAAACGGGCAAGCCGUACGCUGAAGCUAUUGGAGAGAUGGACUAUUCUCUGACAUUUACUGCAUGGUUUGCUGGCGAGGCGGAGCGUAUCCAGGGAACAUGUUUCGCUCCAUCUGCAUCAAACAGACGUGUUUUUACUAUCAAACAGCCACUUGGUGUCGCAGUAGCUCUUGUUCCGUGGAACUUCCCUGUCGCCAUGGUUCUAAGAAAGGCCGCAGCAGCGCUGGCAGCGGGGUGCACAAUGGUGGUGAAGCCAUCGCCAGAAACACCAGUGACUGCCAUGGCCUUGGCCAAGUUGGCUAUGGAAGCGGGAUUCCCAAACGGCGUUUUGAACACCUUGCCCACCAGCUUGGAUAACACGCCGUCGCUAAGCGAAGCGCUUUGCAAGCAUGUCCUUGUGAAAAAGGUCACAUUCACUGGAUCGACGCGCGUCGGAACUUUGGUCGCGAAUCUCUGCAGUUUGGGCCUCAAGAAAGUCGUCCUCGAGCUUGGAGGCAACUGUCCCUGUCUCAUCUUCGAUGAUGCCGAUAUAGAAGCAGCCCUACGUGAGCUCGUGGGCCUCAAGUGGCGUCACGCUGGUCAAGCUUGCGUUACAGUAAAUCGCUUCCUUGUCCAAUCAGCCGUGUACGACAAAUUCCUUCAACGUUUCGUGGAAGAAACAGCAAAGUAUGUUGUCGGCCACGGCGCUUCUAAAGGAACAACUCUUGGACCAGUAACAAAGUCCGAGAGCCUGGACAGAGCUGAGCGACUCAUCAAAGAUGCCGUUUCAAAAGGUGCCCGGAUAGUUACGGGCGGUAAUCGUCUUUCUCCCAAGGAUGGCGAAGGGGGGUACUUUUUUGAACCAACCAUCCUGGCGGACAUGACUCACGACACUCUUAUUUCUUGCGAAGAGUGCUUCGCGCCCAUCGCUGCGUUUUAUAAGUUCGAGACUGAGGAGGAGGCCGUUCGGGUGGCUAAUGAUACGCCGAUGGGCUUGGCCAGCUAUGCUUUUACCAAGGAUGCCGAUCGCAUUUGGAGACUCUUUGAGAAUCUUGAAGCUGGCAUGAUUGCACUUAAUACUGGUAAUUCCUCCGCGGCUGAGUCGCCUUUUGGAGGUAUCAAAAUGUCUGGGUAUGGGAAGGAGGCUGGAAAGGACGUGGCGGUAAACGAGUACAUGAUACACAAAACAGGCACGAUCACGGUCGAUGGCUUGGUGUAG